AGGAAACCGGAUUUCGUCUAAACGUGGGUUAUGAUGAUGAAACAUAGUUGACACACCAUAUUUCUACAAUUUCUGAUUAUAGAGGAGGGUUUUGAAAAAUUAAGGAUAUGGAUGUCAAUGGUUUGACUGAGAAAAUGGCAUCUACAUCUGUUUCACUUUCACCAGAAGAGAAAUUGGAGAUCAUCAAAAGGAACCUGCAGGAAAUAAUAGGAGAGGAGAAGCUAAAAACCAUUCUUAAGGAGAGAGAUGUGAAGGUUUACUGGGGGACAGCCACUACGGGGAAACCCCACGUGGCAUACUUUGUCCCCAUGUCUAAGAUAGCCGACUUCCUCAGGGCCGGAUGUGAGGUAACCAUUCUGUUUGCAGACUUACAUGCUUACCUAGACAAUAUGAAGGCCCCCUGGGAUCUGCUGAGUUUACGAGUCCAGUACUAUGAGAGAGUCAUCAAAGCCAUGCUCAAAUCUAUAGGGGUUCCCCUAGACAAACUGAAGUUUGUGAAGGGCUCAGACUACCAGCUCAGCAAAGAGUACACUCUGGAUGUGUACAGAAUGUCAUCUAUGGUAACAGAACACGAUGCCAAGAAAGCGGGGGCUGAGGUAGUCAAGCAGGUGGGGAAUCCCCUCCUAAGUGGCCUCCUAUACCCAGGACUGCAGGCUCUAGAUGAGGAGUACUUAAAGGUUGAUGCUCAAUUUGGAGGUGUAGAUCAGAGGAAAAUCUUCACAUUUGCUGAAAAGUACCUACCUCAUUUAGGGUACACAAAAAGAAUUCAUCUCAUGAAUCCUAUGGUGCCUGGGCUGACGGGGGACAAAAUGAGUUCCUCCGUGGAGGAUUCUAAGAUUGAUUUACUGGAUUCCCCCGCUGCUCUGAAAAAGAAGCUGAAGAAAGCCUUCUGUGAGCCGGGCAAUGUGAAGGAUAAUGGUGUCUUGUCCUUCUGUCAACAUGUAUUGUUCCCACUCAGAGCUAAAGAAGGUUUCCUUGUAACCAGGAAGCCAGAGUUUGGUGGGGACUCACUGUACGCCACCUAUGAUGACUUAGAAAAGGCAUUUGCUAAAGAGGAAGUACAUCCUGGAGAUCUGAAGGUUGCAGUGGAAGGAUAUUUAAAUGAGCUGCUGGAACCAAUCAGAAAAGAGUUUGAGUCAGCUGAGAACAAAAAACUGGUGGCCCAGGCUUACCCUGUAGAGAAGAAAAAGAAGCCAGGCACUCAGCCGGCAGCUGGUGGGACAGGAGAACUCGCUCCUUCAUUAUUAGAUCUACGAGUCGGCAAAAUCCUGGAGGUCAAAAAGCAUCCUGAUGCUGAGUCUCUGUACAUAGAAACAGUGGACAUUGGGGAGGAGAAGCCGCGGACAGUGGUCAGUGGUCUGGCUGGACUGUACCCUAUGGAGAACCUGCAUGAGAGACUGGGGGUGUUCCUGUGUAAUCUCAAGGCAGUCAAAAUGAGGGGCGUGGAAUCCCAGGCCAUGCUUAUGUGUGCCUCAGUAGAUGAGCCGCGGGCUGUAGAACCUUUAGAUCCACCCCAGGGAAGUGCCCCGGGGGACAGGGUUGUGUUUGAAGGAUUUGAGGAGGGAACCCCUGAAGAAGAAUUAAAACCCAAGAAGAAAGUCUGGGAAAAAUUACAGGUGGAUUUGAGAGUGGACGGGGACAGUAAAGCUGAAUGGCAGGGCCACAUAAUGAAAACAAAACUAGGAAACGUCACAGCUAACAGUCUAAAAUGUGUUCCUAUCAAGUGAUAGAAAAAAAGACUUCAUU